AGAAGGAAGAGGAACUUGAUUAUUGAAAAGUGAUUAGGAGAAAAGACACCAUAAAUAAGAAACAAAAUAAUCCAAACAAGUCCAAUUCAACAACCACCUACUCCUCUCAUUUUCUCAAACAAACUACAACACACCAACUCCACCAUCAAAUGUACAAGCAACGAAACUAACAAAAAAAAAAUUGUUUUUAAAAUCAAAAUAAGAAGAAACCCUCACAAUCUUCCAAGGUUGGAAUUUGUAGGGUCAAGUUAGGAACACAAGAGACAACACAACACAAGAGUUUGUGAAGACAAAACAGCACAAACAAAAACAAAGCAAAAACCAAAGUCUCUUUAUUAACUCAUCUUCUUCAAUCAUCCCUAUAAAGAAAAAUCUUCAACAAAAUCAUCACCAACUACAAUAUUUGUCUCUUCUGAUCUUCAUCAAAGGUAUUGCAUUUUACAAUUAUUAUACAAAAAAAAUAAAUAAAUAGUACUAUCUAUAUCUAUAAACUAGCAUCACCAAUGCUACUAAGAAGCUCUAUUACUACCACUAAGAAGUUCUUCAAAAACACAUUGAAGAACUUCAAGUCCUUAUUCUCUUCUGACUACCAAAAGCUUCCAAAAAGUGAUUCUCCUCACAAUCACUUAUCUUAUUCUCUAGCUGCAAAUCAUGUCCUGGACAUGAACAUUAACAACACUAGUGGUAGCUAUAUGAAAUUGUCUAAUGCAAGCCCUUCUGAGAAGAAAAAUUGGGCGAAUAAAAGAGAGGUUUUCGACAACAAAAACAAUGAGAAGAAAUUGACCAUUCAAAGAGGAAAGCAAAAAGAUUCAUCAUUUACUUCUAAGGAUAUGAAAGAAAGAAAAUAUUGUAUGGUGAAAGAGAAAUUGAAGGAGUUGGAGAUGUUGGAUAUAAGCAAUGUGGAUUAUGCAAUGGAUAUUGAAGAGGUUCUUUAUUACUAUUCAAGACUAACUUGUCCUGCUUAUGUUGAAAUUGUGGAUAGAUUCUUCAUGGAAAUGUACUCAGAUCAGUGUGAGAGGUUUUGAUUUUCUUUAUGUUUCUUAACUUGUUAAUUAGUCUCUAUGAUUAUUUAACAUUUUUUUAAUUUUUUUCUUGAGUUGAUUUUCAUUGUUUAUUGACAUGAUGUUUGUGGAUAAUAAUUGAUAGAUGUUUGUGUUUGGUGUGUGUAAGCAAUUAAGAUUUAUAUAUAUUGUUUUAAAUAUUUUAUUGAUCAGUGUAUGAAUUAGGAUAGUUAUAUAGAAAGUUCAGAAUUGUUUCUGGAAA